AUGGGUCAUGCAUUUGAUGUGUCGAAAUCGAUCGUGGGUAAAAUACUGGAUGAAGUAUUUCAAGCUAUUUGGGAGCAGUUACGCGAAAUACAUAUGCAAUCACCAACUGCGGACUUUCUAAUCGACACAGCACAAGAUUUUUUUUUGACAUUUGAUGUUCCUCAUUGCUGUGGGGCCGUCGACGUGAGCCACAUUCCAAUAAAAAAAUCUGCUCACUCCGGGUCUCAGUUUUAUAAUUAUAAGAAGUAUUAUUCAGUGACAUUGCAAGGCCUCGUGGAUGCAAACUUCAGAUUUAUAAGCAUCGAUGUCGGUGGAUUCGGCAGUCAACACGAUUCCACAACGUUUCUUUUCAGUAAAUUGUACCAGGGCUUCGUUACAGGUAGCCUAAAAUUUCCUGACAGUGACGAGCUGUAUUAUUCCAAUGUUGUGGCACCUUACUUCUUUGUCAGGGAUGUGGCAUACCCGUUAAGCAGAAAUUUAAUCAAACCAUAUCCUGGCUUCAAUUUAACGCGAGAGCAAAAAUUAUUCAACCACAGAGUUUUCACAGCAAGAGUGACCGUCGAACGGGCAUUUGGUUUGUUCAAGCAGACAUGGAGAAUGUUCCACAAAACAUUAGAAUACCCACCAGAUAAAGUCGAGGCUGCUGUACAGUGCGCUUGUAUUCUUCAUAAUGUCAUGAUUAAUUUGGAGAAAAUAAAUGGUGAACCAGUACGUGCAUUACCAAAUCGUCAUCAAGGAGUGAAUGAAGUUUUCACAGGGAAUAGAGAGAAAGUUGAAGAAAAACUGAUGAGAUUUUUUCCUUCUAACUAA